AUCGUACAUGCAUUUGAAGCGAACGUACAUAUUUGGAACGAAGCAAAUUGAUCACCUGCUGUGCGUAUCUACUCUCUCGACUCCGACGUAAGAAAACUCUAGAGAUAAUACGAGAUUUGAAGGAGAAAGAAGAACUAUUACGUAGAGAUGACAGAUCAUGUGCAAGAGCAGGAGAUGGAAAUUGAAGCCCUAAAGGCCAUCCUAAUGGAUGAUUUUGAAGAACUUCACCCUAGUGAAAGUGGAUUAAACACUUCAAAUCGAUGUUUUCUAAUUAAGUUAUCUCUUCAGGAUGAUGAGACUGAUGAAUCUUCAACAAGUCCAGUUCAAUUGGGGUUAAUUUUUUCACACACUGAGAAAUAUCCAGAUGAAAUUCCACUUUUGAAUUUGAAAAGUAUUAAAGGAAUCCCAGCAUCAGAUCUCAAAGUUUUAAAAGAAAAGCUUGAACAAGAGCUUCAUUGAAUUGAGUAAGAGUAAACUAAUUAGUUCAGAACUUCAUGACCCAACAGACAAGCUUCAAGAUGAGCAUCAGAAAAUCUUGGAAUGGCUAUGAUUUACACUCUAGUUACAUCAGCUAAAGAGUGGUUUGCUGAAAGAUUUGAUCAAGACACUGACAAUGACAACAUCAAAGAGGAAACAGCAAAUAAGGAUGAAAUAAUUGUGCCACGUGGAGAACCUGUCACUGUUGAAACAUUUUUGGCAUGGAGAGAAAAAAUUGAAGCAGAAGUAGCCCUUGAGAGAGCCAAGGUAUUGCCAGAAUCAGCCCUUGCAACAACCAAAGAAAAGAAACUCACUGGAAGACAGUGGUUUCAAAGUGGAAAAGCUUCUGCAAGACAUGCAGCACCAAUCAUGGAAGGAUCUAAUGAUGAAGAGGAAGAUGAUGAUUUUGAUGAUGAUUCUGAAGAUGAUGAGGAGGAUAUGCUGGAUCAUUAUCUAGCUGAGAAAUUUGACUCAUCGAAUAAUUAGUAAUUAUUCAGCAAGAGCUACUUAGAUAAAAUUGUUACUUUCUGAUCGACCACAAUAAUUCUAAUUAUUACCCAAUAAGUGGUUUGUGAAAAGUUUAAAAAGAUUUGUCUGCUUGGUUGUAUAAAAUUUAAUGACACAAGAAUAAAUUGAUCAGUGUAAUAUCAAAAACACAUACUUCGAUAUUUAUAAGAGCUAGCAAUUCAACUAA